CUUUGACACCCUCAUUGACGCAGCCCCAGUGUAGCUCCGGGCCCACGGACUGCCCCCAGAAAGGGCUCAGAAAAGAUCUGCCGAGUUGGGAGGGUAACCUAAAGAAAGGCGUAGCAGCCACCGGGAACCGGGCAGGAGAGAAAGGCGGUCUAACAGCCUUGGCCAUCCGAGGGGCGACGGCCUAGGAGGUGAGGUCGUAAACUCCGCACGAGCCACAGGAGCGCAGGCAAAGCUGACUCCACACGGGGGCAGACAGCGGGUGCUCCAUCCCCGCGGAGGGCAGGGCGUGGCGCGGGCGUGUGCGGGACACGGGACACCGGCCGGCGGCCCAGGGGCGAGGCGUGCUCGGGUCUAUUCCGGGAGCAAAGCCGAGGGGCGGGCGCGGGCGGGGCGGGGGCGCUCUGCGAGCAUCCUGUCUGGGGGAGGGGACCACAGCCGGCCUGGGAGCGAAGCGCUCCCGCCUCCACCAGCCGCUCCGGAGCCACUGUGCCCUGCUCUGCGUGCCCCGGGGGGCCGGGUCGACGCCGGGGCGACGCCAUGGACCGAAGCCGGGUGCUGGAGCAGCUGCUCCCAGAGCUCACAGGGCUGCUCAGCCUCCUGGACCACGAGUACCUCAGCGACACCACCCUGGAGAAGAAGAUGGCUGUGGCCUCCAUCCUACAGAGCCUGCAGCCCCUCCCAGCCAAGGAAGUCUCCUACCUGUACGUGAAUACCGCAGACCUCCACUCUGGGCCCAGCUUUGUGGAGUCCCUCUUUGAAGAAUUUGACUGUGACCUGAGUGACCUUCGGGACAUGCCAGAGGACGACGGGGAGGCCAGCAAAGAAGCCAGCCCUGAGCCAGCCAAGAGCCCAUCUCUACAGAAUGCAGGUGAGCUGCCUCCGCCACUCCCCAGCAAGCCUCCGCCUGAGGAAUACUAUGAGGAGGCCCUCCCGCUGGGACCCGGCAAGUGCCCUGAGUAUAUCAGCUCCCACAAUGGCUGCAGCCCAGCCCACUCCAUUGUUGAUGGCUACUAUGAGGAUGCAGACAGCAACUAUCCCACGACCAGGCUGAACGGCGAGCUGAAAAACUCCUACAACGACUCUGAUGCAAUGAGCAGCUCCUACGAGUCCUACGAUGAGGAGGAGGAAGAAGGGAAGGAGCCGCAGCCCAGGCACCAUUGGCCCUCAGAGGAGGCCUCAAUGCGCCUGGUGAGGGACUGCAGGAUAUGUGCCUUCCUCCUGCGGAAAAAGCGCUUCGGGCAGUGGGCCAAGCAGCUGACCAUCAUCAGGGAGGACCAGCUCCUGUGCUACAAGAGCUCCAAGGACCGGCAGCCGCAUCUGAGGUUGGCACUGGGAGUCUGCAAUGUCAGCUACGUGCCCAAGGACAGCCGGCACAAGAGGCACGAGCUGCACUUCUCCCAGGGGGCCACAGAGGUCUUGGUGCUGGCUCUGCAGAGCCGAGAGCAGGCCGAAGAGUGGUUGAAGGUAGUUCGGGAGGUGAGCAAGCCAGUCAGAGCCGAAGGGCUGGAGGUCCCCAGGUCCCCAGUCCUCCUGUGCAAGGUGGACCUAGACAAGAGGCUGUCCCAAGAGAAGCAGACCUCAGACUCGGAUAGCUUGAGCACAGGUGACAACUGUUCCACCCUUGGCCGUCGGGAGGCAUGUGAACAUGGCAAAGGAAAGAAGAGUAGCCUGGCGGAGCUGAAGGGCUCCAUGAGCAGGGCUGCAGGCCGCAAGAUCACCCGCAUCAUCAGCUUCUCCAAGAAGAAGGCCCUGGCUGAUGACCCGCAAACACCCUCUGCCGAGGAGGUUCCAUGCUGUGGCUACCUGAACGUGCUGGUGAGCCAGGGCUGGAAGGAACGCUGGUGCCGCCUACAGCAUGGCACACUGUAUUUCCACAAGGACCGCAACGACCUGCGCACUCAUGUGAAUGCCAUCGCCCUCUGCGGCUGCGAGGUGGCCCCAGGCUUUGGGCCCAGACACCCCUUUGCCUUCAGGAUCCUGCGCAACCGACAGGAGGUGGCCAUCUUGGAGGCAAGCUGUUCAGAGGACAUGGGUCGCUGGCUGGGGCUGCUGCUGGUGGAGAUGGGCUCCAAAGUCACACCUGAGGCACUGCACUAUGACUACGUGGAUGUAGAGACCUUAACCAGCAUCGUCAGUGCUGGGCGCAACUCCUUCCUAUACGCAAGAUCCUGCCAGGAUCAGUGGCCUGAGCCCCGCAUCUAUGACGACGUUCCUUACGAAAAGACGCCGGAUGAGGAGCCUGAGCGCCCCACUGGGGCCCAGGUAAAGCGCCAUGCCUCCUCCUGCAGUGAGAAGUCCCAUCGAGUGGACCCACAGGUCAAAGUUAAGCGCCACGCCUCCAGUGCCAAUCAAUACAAGUAUGGCAAGAACAGAGCUGAAGAGGAUGCCCGAAGGUACCUGGUAGAAAAAGAGAAGCUGGAGAAAGAGAAGGAGACAAUCCGGACAGAGCUGGUGGCACUGCGGCAGGAGAAGAGGGAGCUGAAGGAAGCCAUUCGGAACAGCCCAGGGUCUCUAGACUCAGGAGUAAAAUUAAAGGCUCUGGAGGAAGCCAUGGCCACCCUGGAAGUUCAGUGUCGGGCAAAGGAAGAACGCCGGAUUGACCUGGAGCUGAAGCUCGUGGCCGUGAAAGAGCGCUUGCAGCAGUCCCUGGCCGGCGGCCCAGCCUUGGGGCUCUCCAUGAGCAGCAAAAACAAGAGUAGGGAAACUGCAAACAAACCCCAGACCAGCGCCCCAGAGCAACCUCUGCCUGUCAACUGUGUUUCUGAGCUAAGGAAGAGAAGCCCAUCCAUAGUUGCCUCCAACCAAGGAAGGGUGCUGCAGAAAGCCAAGGAAUGGGAAAUGAAGAAGACCUAGAAAGAGGAUGCAGAUUUCAUUCCAAAGGAAUUACCAGCUUUUCCUUCUAUGGGAGAAAUGCUUUUUCACAAGGAGACACCCUGAGAAGACUGGAAAUGGGACCUAUUCUUCAGGCUCCCUAAAAGACCAGCCUUCAUUGUUUGCAUGAUUUCAUGGGAUUAUGGGGAGGGAAGAACCAGAAGGGAAGAAGAAAAUAGAGGGCACCCUUAUGACUUUACAGAGAAUGGAACUCAGUGGGGGGUAGGAGACAGAAGUCUACACAGUUGUAAAGAGUUUUUAGAUGCCUUUACCUUCCCUUCUGAAGAAGAAAUGAAAGCACCUGUGAAUAAACCAAUGCAUCCCCUCUCAGUAUCCAGUUCCCAGUCCUUACGGCAAAGGAAGGCAAUGCUGAAGCAUCAGUCAUGCACUGCAAAGAGGAAGAGACUUGAUCUUCUGACAGCGCUGUGCCAACUGCAUGUGCGUUGGGCUUUGCUUACAACCUCCAGGCAAGGCAAAGGGGCUGAAAGGUCAAUAACAUUAUCCCUGUCUGCAAAGCAGUGAACAAAAGCCACAGAGGACAUGCAAAUUCUACAGUCACUCCUCAUCUGCUUAAAGCUAAGUGCAGCUACUGGAAUCUUUUCCAGAACUGAGUUUGAAAAUCAGAGAUCAGAGUAUGCAGAAUGCAAAGAGAAGCUGAGACGCUAACAUACUUUAAGCGCACAGCGACACUCAGAGACAGGAAUGUGGAGUUCUAACGUCACCAGGACUUUGCAGGCAUUGUAAGGUGGGGUCAUUUGCAGUCUAUCAAGGACUUUACCUAUUUUAAAUCACACGGAGGCUCCUGGUGCUAUGGUUAAAAAUCCAGAAGACAGUGUUUUUAUACUCACGAAGUCCUCAUCUUAGAACCUGGAGGCCCACUAGUCUACCCUUCCAUAUCUACUGUAAAGUAAAACUACCAGGAAAAUCAAGAGGAUGAUGGCUUAUUUCUGCCUCAAGGGUGCUAAUCCUUUAUGAACUUGAUAUUUCCAAAGGGGGAAGCAAGGACCUUGAGCCCUGGACAGUGUCCUUAAUUUGCCUCUCACUACUGUCUCAACUCUGUCGGAACUUUAUAGGUCUAACUUUAACACAUUUUCCACCAAUAAAGGUAUGACUAUUUAGGAGCUCAGGGGUUAUUUGAAGGAGGAGAAAGGAAAUUCCAGAAUAAUCCCUGGAUACUUUGCUAGAGGCUUUACAGAUCUUACCCCACCUAAGGUUUUACAUACCUUAGCCUCAUCCAAACUUUACCACCAUCUGUGUAACUGGAGACCAGCACAGGAAAAUUAACCUGAUCAAACUCACUCAAAAGAUCAGUAAGAGCACGAAAUGUAGGGUUUAUGACCCAGAUCCAGAUAGGACUAGAUUUGAGUCAUGCCAGCCUGGCCACUGAUCAGCUAGGUGAGCUUGAGAACGUCAAAGACUUAACCUCCCUGAUCCCUACUUUCCUUAUAUGUGAAGAUGGGGUUAACAACUGUACUUUCCUACCAAGAAUGUCGGGAGAUUUAAUGAGAUAAUGCCUGCGAAGCAGCUGAGAAAUGGGAAAUGCUCAGUCACGGUGGUUCUCAUUAUCAGCUGGAUGAGAAUGUCUGACUCAAAAGCCUGAGUUCUUCCCAUCAAGGAUGAAAUGACUGACACGUAGUAAAUACAGCCACCAACAGCUGAAGGCGACCCAGUUAUAACUGAUAGGUCUCAUCCCAGUUCCACCUCAGUGUCUCCAGUGUCAGAGGAGCUCACAUACUCCAAAUUGUCAGUAUUCUUUUUUUUUAAAUAUGUGACCUUGGAAUGGCACCCAACACUCCAACCAUGUCCCCGGUGUCUGUCUUUCUCAUGUGGUUAUUUUGGGAUUAAGUGUUUCUUGGACUCUGUGAGAAUGGACCCUUAGUAACUAUUAAUAUUUAUUGCACACUCACUGUUAUCAAGCACUGUGAUAGCUAGGGCAGGCUUCACAGGCUUGCAGCCCGUGCAGUCACACAUGACCUCACACUAAUGACCCUGUACUUGGUUUAAUGCUCUGCUGUUUACUUCUUGGAGUUCUGCAUUUCUCCUUUUGCCUUUAAAUUCCAGUGCCAGUGCUAACUAAUCACUUUUCCAGGCAUUAUUCCUUUAGUCGUCACCAAAACCCUGUGAAAUAGGUAACAUUAACCCAGUUUUCACAGUUCAGGAAAAGGAAGUGCAGAGCGGAUAAGUAACUUGUCCAAACUCACACAGUCAGGAAGUGGUAUAGCCAGCACAAACCCUUACUCUUAAUUCAAAAGCUCUAUUUCAUCCAUACAUUGCCCUCCCCUUACACUAUGGCAUUCAGAAGCACAUUAGCAUUUAAUAAAUGGAUGCAUAUAUGCAGCA